UAAUUACAGGAAAUUGCUUCCCUCCUUCUUGAAACUACUACACAUUAAGACAUCUCUUCUUCUUUAUUUCUUUGAAGCGUUAUAUUCAUCAAAUUCGCAUAACAAAUGUACCCUUCUUAUCCAUAUGCCAAACAGGGAGUCCCAGUCCCAGUUCCACCUCCACUUCAAGCUCCGGGUGCCCCAGGACCAUGGUCGACCGGCCUUUGCCACUGUUGCGAUGAUCCCGCAAUCUGUUUGGUCACUUGUUGCUGCCCUUGUGUUACCUUCGGACAGAUUGCAGAGAUUGUGAACAGAGGUUCCCUGCCUUGUUCGGCAAGCUGUGUGAUCUAUGGGAUGUUACAAGCUAUUCCCAGUUUAUCAUGCUUGUAUUCGAGCUGCUAUCGCUCGAAACUGAGAGCCCAAUACGACCUGGAAGAGGCUCCCUGUGUGGAUUCCUUAGUUCACUUAUGUUGCGAGGCUUGUGCACUGUGUCAAGAAUACAGAGAGCUCAAGAACCGUGGAUUUGACAUGGGAAUAGGUUGGCAAGCAAACAUGGAUAGACAGAGACGUGGAAUUACAGUAGCUCCUGUUGUGGGAGCAGGCAUGGUGAGAUGAAGAGGAAGAUCUUCGAUACAAAUGCUGCAAACUUGUGUCUCUAUACAUGUUGCAGAUGUAUAUUUGCAUUAAGUUGGUUUUCUUGCUUCGGUAUUUAGAAUCAUUUUUCAAUGUAAGCAAGUUGAUUCCUUGAGACAGGAGGAGCCUUAAUGCAAACAUACAAAGCUUCGUUUUUCUCUA